GCUCGAUGCUCAACACCCAAAUCCCAAUUUCAUGGUCCUUGUUCUCGGCGUCAGCUCUUGGCUUCUGCCCGAAUUGCCGUUUUCGUCCAAUCAAUCAGAUCAAAGGACCCCCUCGCUGCUCCUCACCCACCCGUACCUCCCUUUUUGAUGCACAGCGCGCGGGGACCGAUCACCUGAAACGCGAACCAAAAUCCGCAUCCGCCUUUGUUCGUGCCGGGAUCGGGCCUCGUGACGUCACGUGACGUCUAAGCGCUCUCACCUGGAACUCCACAAGCUCGAACAUCUAGUGGCCAGCGGACAUCGAAACUCGGAGGCUCAAAACCGG